AGGGCAAUCAUGGCCCGCCGCCCUGCCCUCGCGCUCCUCCUCUGCGCCUGCUGGCUGGCUGCGGGCGCCGCGGAGGCCUCCGACUGCCCUGCCGAUGCCGUGGAGGCGGAGGAGAGGGGGGAGCUGGACGCCUUGAGGGUGGAGCUGCUGCAGGCCCGCGCCAAACUCACGAGCAAGGAGAAGGCGAACCACACGAGCAGUGCGAACUACACCGGCGACGGCGACAUAAGGCACUACGCCCAGGCCUGCAGCGGGUCCUGCAAACCUGGCGUCUGUGAGUCCUUCUGCGGCGCCAACAACGCCUGCUGCAAGAAGGGCGACAGCAGCGACCCCGACGUCUGCGUCGGCGUCGGCUUCUGGCCCGUGACGACCUUCCACACGUGCGUGAAGCCGCCCUACCUCCUCCAGGCGCAGAAGAAGUGGUGCGGAGACACGCCGCUGAGCGACAACUGGA